CAAGAGGCGGGGCGACUCAACCACUUGAGGGGUGGCCACAACCGAGAAGAGAGCCAUGGGUCAGGCGGCCAAGGUUUUACAGCUCUUUAAAACACUGCACAGAACCAGACAACAAGUUUUUAAAAAUGAUGUCAGAGCGUUAGAAGCAGCCAGAAUAAAGAUAAAUGAAGAAUUCAAAAGUAAUAAAAGUGAAACUUCUCCUAAGAAAAUAGAAGAGCUAAUGAAAAUAGGUUCUGAUGUUGAACUGUUACUCAGAACAUCUGUUAUACAAGGUAUUCACACAGACCACAAUACCCUGAAAUUGAUUCCUAGGAAAGAUCUUCUUCUAGAAAAUGUACCAUAUUGUGAUGCACCAACUCAGAAGCAGUGAAUUUUCUAGGAUAAAACAAGACUUUGUGCAUUUUAACUAUAAGAUGUGUAACUGGCAAAAGUCCUAGAAGUAUUUUUCUCUGAACUGGCAUAUUGAAAAUGAAUGAAUUUAAGAGUAUUAUCAUAAUUUAACUUUACAUUAAAAGGACAUUGCUAAGAACUACAGAACAUAGUUUUGUUUCUGUUUUAUGUGAUGCUGGGGAUUAUACCCAUGGCCUUGUACAUGCUGGAUAAUUGCUCUGCCACUGAGCUAUAUCCUCAGCCCUAUAGUUAAGUAUUUUUAAAGGACAUUAGAGAAAACAAUUUGUUUUCAUUGAAAAUCAAACUUUAUAAAGUAAAGCUUAGGGAAGUAUAUCAUAUUCACUUCUCUUACACCUUAUAAUUUUUCUGCUCUUACCAAAGUUAUUUGAGAAUACCAUACUUUGACAAGUUGUAAGUUUUCCUCCCAUGGGAAAUGCAAUUAUUAAAUGUAAAUUAUUAAACUAAAUUGAUGUUUAGUCCUGAAAUAAUUAAAUUGACCAAAAAGUCACAGUAUAUGCUAACUGUCCACAGAAGGUAGUCUUUGCUUCCUGAACACUGGAAUUAUUUCUGUAGCUAAUAAAUAAUUACAUAGUUUCUUUUUAGACAUAGAGAGGUUCUCUGUGUCCUUAUAAAGACAUUUUUAAUCAGUCUUCUGAAGACAGAUAAGUAAAAUGU